CCAGACAUGCGUGGCCUCAGACUCAUCUUACCACUGGAGCUGCUGCUUUGUUGCUACCUCCUGCUGCACCCUGUGGAUGCCACUUCCUAUGGAAACCAGACAGAUAUCCUGAUGCACCUUCCCUCGUCCUUGGAAUCCUGGCCACCCUCCUCAGGCCCCUUGCCCUGCCAGACCCUGCUCCCAAAGUCCCUGCCUGGCUUUGCCCAUAUGGCCCCUCUCCCCAAGUUUCUGGUAGGCCUGUCACUGAUGAUGGCCCUGAAGGAAGCUGGCUGCCAUGCUGAUGUACAGGCCCUGCAGCUUCAGCUCUACCGCCAGGGGGGUAUGCAUGCUACACAGAUCCUCACCCGACAUCUUCAACGGCUGGAGAAAGGCAGAAACACAGAGAGGGGAGUGUCAGUGGACGCCCUGGCCUCUGCUCUGCAGCUGUUGGCCAGGGAACAGCUGGGCCCAGAAAGGGCCCGACGCUCCAUCAUCCAGGACUGCGACUUGGAACAGGAGCAGGAGGUGUACAAUAUAGUCCAGUGGUUUCCAACAUUGGGAACCUACUACAGCCUGGGCACAGCUUUGUUUUAUGCUACUCAGAACUGUUUGGACAAGGCCAAGGAACGAGGCCAAGAUGGGAUCAUAGAUCUGGGUUAUGACCUUUUAAUGACCACGGCUGGACUGGCAGGGGGGCCCAUGGGACUAGUGAUCAGCACUGCACUUAAACCUGCAGUGAAGGCUGGGGUUGAACGGUUGAUCCAGUAUUACCAUGAGGAAGAGGCAGCCCAGCCUAUCAAAGAGGUCUUGGGAGGUACCUCCACGGUGGCCCCUUUGGUGUCGGAUGUAGUAAAUUCAGCUCCUUACUGGGGCGUGGCCCUUAUUCCAAGACUAUGA